AUGACCGAUGCCGACAAUUUAAAUGCGGGAAGCCGUGGUGGAUUGAUGCCCCAGUUUCGCCUUCUGCCCACCGAGGUGAGGUGCCUCGUAUGGCGACAUUUCGUCUUGCUCGUGACGGCCAAGCCCCGUCUGCUCGACUUUGACAUACGACGCAGCGACCCGGAGGGUGACGAUCGCCAUCCCGAAGCGGUAACAGACCGCUGGGUAGUCGUCCCGGGCGCGUAUCUGUCGCAGCGCACGCGACAUUUGAGCAAUGCCCUCCGAGUCAACCGGGAAUCCCGCUUUGCCGGCCUCGGCGUCGUCCCGGAUACCUUGGCCAUAGAGCACGGGGUCGUCCGGUUCGACAAGACGCACGACGUGGUCGCCAUCUCGUCGCACGAGGUCCGCGAACUCUGGCACCACGAUCAUUUCGACGCGCGCAGGGCGCCCUUCCACGAGCGGCUUGCACACUUUAUCAUCCCCGGCUUCUCCGAUAACAUCCACCACCUCGCCCUCAAGGGCAUCAGUAUUGGCGAGAAGGGCCGCGUGUACAGCUUGGACGAGGGGCUUAGCGGCGCUCAGAUCUGGCCGCUGGCUGCCACGUUCCGGAACCUCGAGACGCUGUACGAGCUCAACGAGCACUACCUCCACUCCCCAAAGAACAAGACCUGGUGCGUGGCGCCUGGCAGGGUUCAUUCGGACGAGGCCCUGGAGGAGCCGCCGAUGGAAACCCACGGGCGCCCGUGGCUGAACAGGACCAUCUGGCCCGACGUGGCUCGCCACCACGCCUGGGCGAAGAGCCACGUCUACCCACCACUGCGGGAUCUUGGGCAGAUCGCGGCAGAUUUUCACAGAGACGGCACGGAGCCGGGUUUCGUGUCGUGGUUCCAGGGCGUUGAAAUCUGGCCCAUGCUUGAGUUCUUGGGGCCAGAGGGCCAGCACUGCCUUGCGCAUCUACGUGGUCUUCAAAACCAGUCGUGA